CCAAUCUGGUGUUUUUGGCUUUCAAAUUCAAGAUGGCUGUCACAGAGAUCUAGAGAUCCUCUAGUCAGACGCCCAGUGGUAACGAUAGAGCGAUCUGCAAGGUCUUACAGAUUUCUCUACAUCAGAAUACUCUUCCCCGACCUACGUCACGGAGUUUUAACCCUAGCAGGUUUAGCUAAGUUGAGCCACGAUGCCUGUGAAUAACGGACUUGUUGGUUUGUGGGAGGGGGGCAUGUGGCGGAAGGUGGCGGUGCUGGUGGGGUCUGCCACCGCUGCUGUAGCGCUGCUGGUGCUGGUGGAGCGGUACCUGAGGCGGCGGCGCGGCGGCUGGACGGACGUGCAGGACGAGGGCAUAGAGAUGGACAUGGUGGAGGAAGAGUCAGACGAAAAGCGUAUCGUGGUCCUGGGGCUAGACGGGGUCGGAAAGAGCAGCUUCCUGGCCUGUAUCGCCAACCAGGACUGUCGGCAGACCAUGAAGCCUACAGAAGGGUUCAAUGUCAUGUGCAUCCAGACAAGACAAACGUCACUCAACAUAUGGGAAAUUGGUGGUACAGAAAAUGUGCGCUCCUACUGGGCCAACUUCCUGCCCAACACGGACGUGCUGGUGUUUGUGGUAGACUCCACAGACAAAGGUCGGCUGCCGCUCGCUAAGGAGGAGCUUCACAAGGUUCUGGCACACCCAGCUCUGAAGGGUGUUCCACUACUGGUGCUGGCUAACAAACAGGAUGUGUCCGGUGCCCUGAGUGUGGAGCAGGUUGGCUCAGCUCUGGACCUCGGGUCCUGCCGUUCCAACAGAGCUGCCCACAUCCUGCCAACAGAGGUGCCGCCAGGCCUCCCCACCAAGACAGACAGCACAAAAAAGGCAGAGGAAAUGCUGUCAACUCUGUCUAGGAGCUGAUGUAGUUAACUUAAAGAUCACCCUUACGGCGCGGUCACUUACAUGUAGGUCGUGCGAUCGUUGUACGAUUUGGAAGCCAUAGGAUUUUCAAGCAGGGCAUGACGGAACCAACCACUGACAUGGAUCCAAAACAGCAUUUUGUGAACCAAAACAGUUGAACUUUGCAGGUGACGUACAUUUUGGUCCUCAAAAAUGCCCGAAGUUAGUGAUCGUACAACGAUCGCACGACCUAUAUGUGACCGCGCCCUUACAUAGGCAUUGAUGGCUAUGCAUCUAUCUUGCAGUGCUGUCAGAAGGCCUGGGAGUAUAUAGGGAAUAGGGAGUGGUCAGCGAACAGUAGUUGCAAUAUGCAACUUACGUCUUCAGCACACUUUAGAGCAUUUUCACAUGACGUGCUGACUUUGUCUGCUGACAUGCUGGUGUCUCUAUUUGCAUAUGGGGUGUCGUAGCUCACUCAAUUGCUUGGAACAUUGAAAUAUCUUGGAGCAUUGAAAUAUCUUGGAACAUUGAAAUAUCUUGGAACAUUGAAAUAUCUUGGAACAUUGAAAUAUCUUGGAACAUUGAAAUAUCUUCUGAUCCUUUCAACAACUACUAUUGUAAAUGCAGAAAUAUGUUUGCGGCUUUCGUGGUGGUCGCUUUACAUGCAAACGCAAAACCGACGCAACAAUUUUCCAUUACGGUGUGUGGCUACAUUAUAUCAUUAUGAGUAGCCAAAUCCCUUGGCAAAUAUUCUCCCCAUAGCCAGUGUAGUUAGUCUGGUAAAGACGAAACGGCUACAAUAGAGAAUACCCA